AUUCAUGCACUGUUCUCAGUAAAUUACCUUUGAACUGUUUCUGCUGGAAAACAAUGAGGCGCUCAUGUAAUGACGCAGACUCUUCACAUCUGAGAGAAUUACAUAUGAGGGAUGUGUUCAUGUUUGAGUCUCACCUAUAGAGCAGUGUAGAGAGAAGUACCUGUUGAUUUAAGGAAGGUGGUUCAGGUGCAGAUCAGAUCUGAAUCAGUUUAAUCUACAUUUUUGUUUCCUCAAUAUUUUACUGGAAUGAGAAUGACCUCACAACGCAAUAUGACCAACAAGGAAAUAGGAAAAAAGUUUAUUUUUAAGAAUUUGUCAAUUAUCUACCUGGAUGAAUCAUUUCUUUACAGUUUCAAUGGAUGUUCUCUGAUUGGCCCUCUCUUUAUGAAUCUGCAUCAAAAGAGGCGAUGCCAUACAGAUUAAUCAAGGUUAAAAAUUAACCCUCUACACACACACAUGCACAGUCUCUCCUCACAUCUUUGUCCAAGCUCCGAGAUCCAGGUCGUCAUAUAAAUACACCUGUCCUUCCUGAAACCUGACAGAUCUGUUUCUGGAGGAAUCAUCAGCCGUCCUUCUGUGCCGGACGUUUUAAGUAACAUCGACUCUCCACCAUGAAGAUGCAGCUUCUGCGAUUUUGCGCACUGGCUCUGGCAUUAGCACAGAUUCAAGGACAAACAAAUAGAGCCACAAAACUAAUCACAUCUGAGCCAAUGACUACUGACCCAACCACUACAAUGAUGGCCCCCACAAUGACAACUAACCCAGCCGCCCCAACCACUACAAUGAUGGCCCCCACAAUGACAACUAACCCAGCCGCCCAAACCACUACAAUGAUGGCCCCUACAACCGCAACUACACCAGCCGCCCCAACCACUACAAUGAUGGCCCCCACAACCACCACUCCAGCAACAACCACUACAGCGAUGGCCCCCACAACCACAACUACACAAGCCGCCCCAACCACUACAAUGAUGGCCCCCAUAACCACCACUCCAGCAACAACCACUACAGCGAUGGCCCCCACAACAACAACUACACCAGCUGCCCCAACCACUACAAUGAUGGCCCCCAUAACCACCACUCAAGCAACAACCAAUACAAUGAUGGCCCCCACAACCACCACUCCAGAUACACCCACUACAACGACCACCCAAAGCCCCACCACCACGCCCAGUGGAGUCUCAGGAGUCAGAGCCUCUCUGCUGUUGUCUGUGGUGCCUUCGCUGCUCUACAUGAUUUAACCUGGAGUAACGUGCAGCGAAAAGUCACCUUUAGAAAAUAACAAAAAUCUCUUAUUCUUUAAUGUCUCUGACUGUAAAUCAAAGUUAACUUGACAUGAAAGCAGGUGCACUCCAAUGAAGAGACUGGUGGAUUG